AAAAACCCGACGCGGCCAUCAUGAGCCGCCCCGAGCACAUCAUGCCGCCAGAGCUCUUCUACAAUGAAAAGGAGGCGGCAAAGUACAACUCGAGCUCGCGUAUCAUCAAAGUGCAGAACGACAUUGCCGAGCGUGCCAUCGAACUGUUGAACUUGCCGGCAGACAAGGAACACUUCAUCCUCGAUGUAGGCUGCGGCAGUGGACUGAGUGGCUUGGCGUUACAGGAAGCGGGGCAUGCGUGGGUCGGCUGCGACAUCAGUCGAGACAUGUUGGACAUUGCGAUUGAGCGCGACAGCAGCGGCGACGUCUUUCUCCAAGACAUGGGGUGUGGUCUUCCUUUCCGCGCGGGUGUAUUCGACGGGUGCAUCAGCAUUUCGGCCGUCCAGUGGCUGUGCUACUCGGACAAGAAGGAGCACACGGCGCGGAAGCGUCUCAUGCGAUUCUUCGGAUCGUUGUACACGUGCUUGAAGCGCGGCGGCCGCGCUGUCAUUCAGUUGUACCCCGAAACCCCCGAGCAAAUGGAGGAAAUCUCGUCCAACGCGAUGCGAUGUGGGUUCUCCGGCGGGCUCGUCAUCGACUAUCCCAACAGUGCCAAGGCGAAGAAAUACUACCUAUGCCUCAUCGCUGGCCAAGACCCGACCGCCAAAGCCACCUUGCCCAAGGCCCUCGUCGGCGACCCCUCCGCCGCCGCCUUUGAAAACCGCCGCGAGAAAAACAAGAAAGGCAAAGCCCGCGUCCCUCUCAAAGACAAGGACUGGGUCCUGGCGAAGAAGGAGCGAUACCGCAAGCAAGGGAAGGAGGUCAAGUCGGACAGCAAAUUCACAGCCCGUCGUCGCGCGCGGGGAUUUUAAUUCGGCUUCUAUACAUGUUUCCAAUGCUGCUCGGUCCGCGCCGGCACUGCCUUCGCCACCCCGAUCGUGUGGCGCUCAUCAUGCAGCACCAGGAUCACAGCCAACGUCGCCAUCUUCUUCCGUGUGGGGAUGGCGGUAGCUGGGCGCCCCAUCACGGAGUUGAUGCCGCACGGCGAGCACCAUGAGAAGGCCGAACGCGAACCCGGCGCCCUCAACAGCAGCACGAAAAAACGCGAGCGCCAUGGACGGUGGCUUGACGGCGCGGAGAACGAUCGAGUUCGACGACGCGCCACCUUCCCAGUCCGUGCUUCCUUCGAUCUCGGACUCGCGUGCACAGCACAUGGCUUGUACGGGCUGCUCCGUCAUGGUCGCCGCUUCCUCGUCGAGUUCAAAAGGCGACGCGUCCGGCAAAAACGCCGCGAGAAAUGUCCGCACGGUGUCGACGACAGCCAUGUCGGUGUACUCGUCGUUGAGGGCCAAGAGCUUGGCGCCAUGCUGUCGACGCAACACGGCGGCAAAGAUCCUCUUGACGAAAUCUUGGUUGGUGUCGGUGAGCAUGACGAGUUGAAACUCGGGGGACGGCGGCGGUGCGUCGGCGGGAAUCCCGAGCUCGAUGCGGCCCUGCGCAAGCAUGUACCCGUGAUGGAGGAGCGGGACGUUCAUGUCGUGAGGACUUCGGAAUCGAUGGCGCCACGUCGCGCGCAGCUCGUGGGAAAAGAUCUGAUGCAGUCGCGCGAACGCGCGACGGCUGUACACAAACGGCGCGUGCUUGAGAAAAUGAUGCGUCGCCGUGUAGCCUAGUUUGGCAUCGAUGGCAUCGCGUGUGGCGAGAACGGAUUGCAUCCACGCCCCGCGGGAAGAAUGCUCCAUCGGACGAGGCCGAGGAAUGAUGGCGGGCUCGUGAAGGAUGCGGAUGCCGCCGUCACACGUGAACAAGUCGUGGGGACGCACAUGUGCUGUCAAGAUGUAGUCGUCGUUAAAGUGCAUGAAGAGGUCCGAAAGCCCUGGAAUGCGGUACAGAAACUGCUCGACGACGUUGGUGUUGAACGUGGGGAGGUUGCUUGUCGCCGCCGAUGGGAUGAGGGUGUCUUGGUGGAUCACGUGGAUGCGGGGAUGGCUCUGGUUGAGCCAUAGCGGCGCAUGGCCAGGCGUCACGAUAUACACGGUGCCUUCGAACCAUGGAAGGAAGCGCAGCACCGACCGAAUCGAAUACUUCAAUUCCCCAAUCUCGCGGUCGCGAGAUCCGCCGACGGCGUCGUCGCCACCAAACCUGUGUCGACAAGCACGGUAGCAUGGCACGCUGCCAUUUACCCACGUGUACACGAUCGACAUGCGCUUUAGUGCGUCGUAGUUUCGAAUGCGGCACAGGUCGGGGUACGUGUCUUGGGAGUUGGUGAGGGACCCGAACGCUGUGACUUCGUCCAUGACAACACCUUCCUCCCACGUGUCGGUUGCCAUCAAGAUCGUCCACAUGAGAGCGAAGCCUCCCACAUACCACCACAGCCCGAGGCGCCAUCGCCGACAGCGGACGACUUCCUGCCCCCAUCGCCAAAUCUCAUGUUGGCGCAUUUCC